GUCUAGUUAGUGAGAGUCUUUACUUGGGAAGUACAGCAGUUACGGUGUGAACGUUGGAGCAGAACAAACGUCAGACUAGGAUCUAGUUCUUGCUGUGUACGCGUGGUUUGUUCUUAAUUUCUUUAUACGAUCAGCAGUCAUCUGAAGGGCUAGUAUGAGUAGAGUUUAAAGUGUAAAGUUGCGUUUAUUUGUGUGAGCAGCACGGCACAGUUCGGUCACUUGGGGUGCGUGACUCAACGAGGGUCGCUGUACUUGAAAAAAUAAGAACAACACAAAUUGUAAAACGGGAGAAAGGAUCCUCAGACGAAGUUAUCAUCGGUGGAGCAUCGCGAAAGAAAAUCAUAUCUAAACAAAAGGUCGUGAAUCGACCGAUAUUGCCGAAAGGUGAUCACUUGUGGAAACCACCACCGAUCGAUCGUAGGAUGCCGGACAGUGCAGGUAUUAAACAUACGAUCAACUUGGACUCGGACCUUCCAGCGAAAAUUGCGGAAAUUGCUCGAAGACAAGGCGAAGACCCGGAGAAAACAUGUCUUCUACUGCAGGAGCUCCGAGAUAUGGUUUACGAAAGAGGCGACUGUGAACCCCACCGAUUGGAUGAUGAUUUUUUGAUAAAAUUUCUCAGAGCAAGAUUUUGGAAAGUUGAAAAUGCUUAUAAAUUGAUGUGCCGCUACUACGAAUUUCGUGAGAACAAUGUAGAACUACACGAGAACGUUAAUCCGAUGACUCUGAGAUCGCUGGGAGAUGAUAACAUCAUUACAAUAUCACCUUACCGCGAUCAGGAAGGCCGUAGAGUUUUGUUUUUCAAAUUCGGUAACUGGAGACCAUCGAAAGUUCCUAUGAAUGAUUUGCUUAAAGCUACUUUGCUAAUGUUGGAAGUUGGUUCGUUGGAACCCGUAUCGCAAGUAGUCGGUGGAGUUGGUAUUAUGGAUUUGGAAGGAUUAUCUUUAAACCAUGCUUGGUAUAUGAGUCCAACAGUUGCUCAGAAAGUUAUUGCUUUGUUGGUGACAUGUAUGCCCGUUCGUACGACAGCAAUUCACAUCGUUAACCAGGGAUGGGUAUUUGAUACAGUGUUUCAGAUGUUUAAACCAUUGUUGAAUGAUCGGAUGCGUGAGCGGUUGUACUUCCAUGGCACGGAUCGUGCUUCGCUGCACAAAUAUAUAGAUCCGGAGUAUUUACCAGAACGUUAUGGAGGUACAAAACCGGAAUUCCCUUACACUUACUGGUUGGAUCAUUUGUGCAAAAACGAACGCGUUGUUCGUGAGUUGGAGCAGCUGGGUUACGUAGCGGAAGCGGAGAGCGAGGAAUAACCAAAGCUUUAUAGGUGUUACAGAGUCUGUGAUUGGAUUUUUGACUUCAACUGUCAAGUGACUGCAGCAAAAUUAGUUUCUGUGAAUUAGACAUAAGAGAACAUUUUGGGCAUAUCUAUUUUUGUACAAAUAUACAAUACUGAUUGUGUCUAUAUUAUAUGA